ACGGGCUUUAUGUGUAUCAGUGAGGAUUCGUCCGAGAUCACAUUUUUGCUAGUUGAAAACUAUAACUAUGACCGCUCCUCUCGGUUCUAGGACUGGGAGGGAAUCUUUGGAACAUGACUUUCUCGAGAGAGAAUAAACACUGCGUUUUUCAUCGCGUGCUGCUCUUGAUGGGUGGUUGUGGAGAAGAAGAAGAAGAAGAAGAAGAAGAAGAAGAACUACUGUGGACGAUGGGCAGGAUGAUGGAUACUGGAAACAACACUGGCCUUGGGUUGAAGGAGACAAGAGUUCUGGAAGAUAUCUCGAUGGACUGAUGCUGGUGCCUUGGGCUAUAUGACGGUGUAUUAUGAAGCACAACCCGGCCAGGCAACAACACCGUAAACAAAAGGCUUCACUCAGAUCGGUUGCACUGGACAAAUGUCAACAAAAAGCUUCUAUAAUAUUUUAAUUCAGGCUCCAAACAUAAACCAAGCACCGUGACAUCAUCCCAUCCCGUCUCCCACAUAACCCCAACCCCUCCAUCUCAACCUCAUCCCAACCCAACCACAACACCCACCACCAUGUCUUCCCAAACAGCCCUCGUAACAGGCGCCAGCGGCCUCCUCGGCCGCGCCGUCACAACAGCCUUUAACCGCAAAUCCUGGUCCGUAACCGGCACUGGCCUCACUCGCGCCAAUCCCCCCGCCAUUCUCGCCGUUGACCUUGGCGAUUCCGCUGCAGUGGCCAAAUCACUCGAUGAUGUGAAGCCCAGCGUCGUUGUGCAUUGUGCAGCAAACCGCUUCCCCGACUCGUGCGACCGCGACCCCACCGCCGCCCGCGCCCUCAACGUCGCCGCGACCCGCUCUCUCGCCGAGCAAACCGCCCAGCGCGGGAUAGUCCUCAUCUACAUCAGCACCGACUACGUUUUCUCCGGCGCCCCGGGCGAAGCGCCCUAUGAGACCUCCGCCACGCCCGCGCCGACGAAUUUAUACGGUAUGACGAAGUUAGAGGGGGAGAAGGCGGUGGGGGAGGCUUAUGCCGCUGCGGGAGGGAAGGGGAGGGGUGUGGUGCUGCGGGUCCCGGUGCUGUAUGGGAAAGCGGAUAAACAUGCUGAUAGCGCGGUGAAUUCGUUGGUUGAUGCGGUGUGGAAAGCUCAGAAGGAGAAAGUGGUUAUGGACGGCUGGGCGAAGCGCUUCCCCACGAACACCGAGGAUGUAGGGAGGGUAGUUGCUGAUAUCGCUACGCUCUACAUUUCCAAGAUCGAAGCCGGAAGGGCGGAGGGGUUGCCGGCGAUACUGCAGUUUUCGGCGGAGGAUCUGUAUACAAAGUAUGAGAUGUGUGAGCUGUUUGCACAUUUGAUGGGGUUGGGGUUGGAGAAGAUGGAGAAGGAUGUCAGGGGGAAUGAGGGGAAUACGGGGGUGCAGAGGCCGUUUGAUUGUCAUCUUAGUACGAGGGCGUUGAAGGAGUUGGGGAUUGAGGUGCAUACCCAUGAUUUUAAGGGGUGGUGGAGGUGGGAGUUGGGUGCGGUGAGGCGGUGAUAGGGGGGUGAGAAGCGGGGGUAGUGGAUGUGAUAUCUAUUUGGAUCUAAGCUUGAUAUUAUAACUAGCUGAUAUAUAUAUCUCUCAUUUUCGGUAGCUUAAAAUCCCUGAGCCCAUCUCACACCCCAAAGAAAAGAAAACCCCCCUCACCUCUAUUCCCAGACUGACUUCUACUCCAAUCCAACUCAGACGCAAGUUUCUUUCCGUGAAACCUGAAACAAAGGUGGAUUACAUUACAUGCUGACGAAGCGGGUGUCACAGGCAAACUUCUCAGCGUGGAGCACGAAGUCAAUCGAAAAGUUUGUACUGGGGACGGUUUUCAACCCCUAUUCUCGUCAGUGACUAUAGUAGUGGUGUUGUGGCAUAGUUACCAAGGUUGGGCGUAUGCCGCACACCUCGAUGGGGGAUAAGUCUCGAUAUUAUAUGCCAACCUCGUGUAGAUUUACCUAUAUCAGUCAUUAUAAUACACCUUUUCCCUUACAAAUUCAUAUAAGAUGAUAAUUACAGCCAGUGAUAAAUCGGCCUUAUUUUUGUGAGUAAUUGUAAACUUUCAUAAUUGAAGUUUCCGAUACAGACGUCAUAGAGGCGUUUGGGUUGCAUGAGUAUGGAGCUGAAGCAUU